AGAGCAGAGGUGGCGAGCGCAGGCCGGGGCCGGGAGGCGGGGUGGGGGCCGGGAACGCAGGCAGGGCACGGCUGAGGUUAGGACCCGGGCCCAGGGAGGAGGCACUGGGCUGAGAAGCGGGGUUUGGCGCCAGAGACGCGUAGCCCGGCAGGCCUCAGGUGCAACGUUUGCAGGACGGCGGCGGCGGUAUGUGUGAGGGUCCGUCCCGCAUCUCGGGGCCCAUCCCCCCAGACCCUACGCUCUGUCCUGACUACUACCGGAGGCCGUCUUCGGCCCAAGGGCGCCUUGAGGGAAACGCGCCGAAGUUGGACCUGCUGACGACGGACCCGGACCUAGACGCCACCCCUCCCCGCGCCCCUCGCAUCCGUCCGGGAGGCCUAGAAAUCCUGGAGCGUGGCCGUCGCGGCGUGGGUGGUGUGCUGCUGCAGCUCGGGGGUAUCUCCCUAGGCCCAGGGGCCGCUCCCAAGAGGAAGGACCCUAAAGACCAUGAGAAGGAGAACAUGAGGCGGAUCAGGGAAAUCCAGAGGCGCUUCCGUGAGCAGGAGCACAGCCAGGAGCAGGCCCAAUCCAGGCCCCUGAAGGCCCUGUGGCGCUCACCCAAGUAUGACAAAGUGGAGUCGCGUGUCAAGGCUCAGCUGCAGGAGCCCGGCCCUGCCUCUAGAACUGAGCCAGCCCACUUUCUGCGGGCCCAUUCCCGUUGCGGCCCGGGGCUCCCACCACCCCGUGUCCCCAGUCCCCAGCUAACCCUACCAGGUCCCAAUGCUAAGGCCCCAGGCCUGGGUGUGGACUUCAUUAUGCACAAUGCCCGCACUGCCAAGAGGGCCCCCCGGCGGCAUUCUCGCUCACUGCAAGUCCUGGCACAGGUGCUGGAGCAGCAACGGCAAGCCCAGGAGCACUACAACGCCACGCAGAAGGGUCACGUGCCCCAUUACUUGUUGGAGCGAAGGGACCUGUGGCGGCGGGAGGCUGAGGCCCGGCAGCACAGCCAACCAGACCCGGCCAUGCCCCCUGGCCACACUCGCAUGCCUGAGAACCAGCGGCUGGAGACACUGAGCAGUCUGCUCCAGAGUGAGUACGUGGGCAAGGGGAGCUGGCUGGGGAACCCACCAGGUACUAUGCACCCCUGCCCAGCAUUUGCUGUUCCUGGGGCCCCUGUAGGCCAGAGCCAGCUGCUGCGUGAGCUGGUGCUGCUGCCUGCGGGGGCGGAUUCACUGAGGGCCCAGAGCCACCGUGCUGAGCUGGACCGGAAGCUGGUGCAGGUAGAGGAGGCCAUCAAGAUCUUUUCCCGCCCCAAAGUCUUUGUGAAGAUGGAUUCCUGAGCCCUUUUAUGGGGACAGUGACUGGGUCUUACUGAAGGUCACAGCAUGGUUGCGAAGGGCAGGAUUGGGCCCCAUCAUAGAGUGGAGUUCGAAGACAGGAGCAGUGGAGAGGGGGCAGUGUCCCCAGAGCCCUCUUCCCAGCCACUGGUGGCUGUGGAAGGGCCAUCCCAGCCUCAUAACCCUUUAUCAAAAUUAAACCUUUUGUACACAGUGGG